GGGGCUGGGGGCUGGGCCCGGGGAGCCAGCCCUGGCAGCGGGGCUCGGAGCAGGCCGAAGGCAGGGUACAGGGCUCCUUGCAGCCCCGCCUCGCCGGUGGCAGUGGGUUGUGCCGGUAGCCCGCUUGGGGCACAGCAGAAGGGAGCCGGCAUUAAGAUACCCCAGUUCAUACCCUGCCUAGGAACUGGCACGGCAGGCUGCCCGCCAAAAUCCCGUAGCGCCCCUGGAGCUCUGCAUUGUCGCUGUUUAAAGCACUUUCUUCUGUUUCAGAGUGAGAGGCUGUGCUGCCCAGCACCAGCCAGUGUCCAGUGGCAAUGAGCGCAGAAGUGGCUGUGUCUGAGGGUGCCAGCAGGGAGAUGGAGGCCCUGUGCUCGGAGCUGCUCCUGCCCACAUCAGGAGAGGCAGGAGCUGUGGGAAGCUCCGGUGUGGCCAGCACCAGCCCGGCCAGGACACCCCCGCUGGCUGCCAGCCAGGACUUGCUGCUGGCAGAGGCAUCAAUGCCCGGAGAAGGGAUUCAUGCUGAAGGAAACAACGUGGAAAUAUUCAUUGAGGCAGUGGCUGGCAACAUGGCGCUGAGCAACCCGGCCAGUGCCACAGAGGUGCUGGUCAAAGUGGUGGAGCUGUAUUUCUGCGAGAGGUGCGGCCAGAGCUUCCCAGAGGCCUCCCUGCUGUCCCACCACCGGUGCCUGCUCCGGGCCUCCCCGCAGCAUCUGGAGCUGCCUGGGACACUGUUGGCUUCUGCCAGCAAAGGCCAGAGUGAGCCAGUGGGCCCGGAGCAACCCAGAGCUGGCACACAGGAGGGCUGCACUUCUGAGUGCCUGCUGUGCCCUGUCUGUCAGGAGGUGUUCACACAGCCCAGCGAGCUCAAGGAGCACUUCAGGACACACCGUGCCCCACUGGGAGCCCUGCCCUGCCCUGAGGAGGGCUGCUGCUUCGCCACAGAGGACCGCAAGCAACUGCGCAGCCACCUGCGCCGCCUGCAUGGGGCCUCCCCUGUGUCCUGCUCCUACCGUGCCUGCCCGCUUCUCUUCGCCAGCCACCCCACCAUGGAGCAGCACCACCGCACACACUUCCCCUUCCACUGCAGCCACUGCGACUUUGUCACAGCCAAUGCCAAACUCUUCUGGCAGCACAGGAAGGGCCACGCUGUGGAGCCUCCCACCAAGACACCUGAAACUGGUGUCCCCCCUGAUUCAGCCCCCCACAGCCUCGAGCAGCGCUAUGUCCUGCCAUCAGCAGCAGGACAGGAGGAGACAGGGGACUGUGACUCCGGCUGGGAAGCCACUGCAGCAGAAGCCAGGCCAGCAAAGCCUGCAGGCACCAGGGAGGGCUCCUUGGAGGGUCAGAAAGCAUCAGGUGGAGAAGAGAACUCCGACAGUGGUGAGAAUGAGUCACCAGAGGAGGAUGGCGAGAGCCUAUGCAAAGGUGAGGCCAAAGAGGAUGAGAAAGCAGCCCCUGAGAAAACCAGAGUGCCACGGACACAGCAUUUCAAAGGGGAUGUCAUGGAGGGCUCAGAGUACCUCUACAAAACCCACAUGUGCCCUGAGUGCAAGCGGUGCUUCAAGAAGCGGACGCAUCUGGUGGAGCACCUCCACCUGCACUUCCCUGACCCCAGCCUGCAGUGCCCCAGCUGCCACAAGUACUUUACCAGCAAAAGCAAACUGAAAAUCCACAUGAUGCGAGAGACAGGCGAGAAGACCCAUCGCUGCCCGCUCUGCCGCUACAGCUCGGUGGAGAAGAACGCCCUCAACCGCCACAUGGCCAGCAUGCAUGAGGACAUUUCCAACUUCUACUCGGAUGUUUACACCUGCCCUGUAUGUGAUGAGAAGUUUCGGCUCAGCCAGGCUCUCAAAGAGCACUUGAAGACUCACAAAGCUGAGCCCAAGAGGCUGAGCUGCUUCCAGGAGGACUGUGACUACUGCGUGGAGGACCGGAAGGAGUUUGUCCGUCACCUCAAGGAUGCCCAUAGCAUCAAGGCGGUGGAGUGCAAGUACCAUGCCUGCUCGCUGCUCUUCAGCACGGCCGAGGCCAUGGAGGCUCACAGAAAAACCCACUACGCCUUCCACUGCCAGCAGUGUGACUUCAUCUGCUCCAACAAGCACGUUUUCCGCAAGCACAAGAAGCAGGGGCACCCAGGCAGCGAGCAGCUCCAGUGCAGCUUCUGCCCCUAUGCCACUUUCAACCCUGUGGAGUUUCACGACCACGUGGGCAAGAUGCACGCCAAUGAGAAGAUCCACAAGUGCAGCGAGUGCACCUUCGCCACCGCGCACAAGAGGGUGCUCAUCCGGCACAGGCUGCUGCACACUGGAGAGAAGCCUCACAAGUGUGAGCUCUGCGACUUCACAUGCCGGGAUGUGAGCUACCUGUCCAAGCACAUGCUGACCCACUCUAAUGACAAGAACUUCAUGUGCACCGAGUGUGGCUACAUUACCAAGUGGAAGCACUACCUGAACGUCCACAUGCGCAAGCACACUGGAGACCUCCGAUACCAGUGCAACCAGUGCUCGUACCGGUGCCACCGUGCUGACCAGCUGAGCAGCCACAAACUGCGGCACCAGGGCAAAAGUCUGAUCUGCGAGGUGUGCGGCUUUGCCUGCAAGCGCAAGUAUGAGCUGCAGAAGCACAUGCAGACGAAACACUUGCAGAACUACCAGGUGCCUGUCUUCCAGUGCCAGUACUGCACUUAUCAGACCAAGUACAAGCAGGCGCUGCUGAACCACGAGAACUGCAAGCACACCAAGCAGAAGGAGUUUCGCUGUGCCCUCUGCUCCUACUGCACCUUCAGCAACACCAGCCUCUUUUUCCACAAGCGCAAGAUUCAUGGCUAUGUUCCUGGUGACAAGGACUGGCUGGAAAACUAUGCCAGCAAGGAGCUGGAGAUCAGCUCACCUGAGGCACUUUUUGGCUAUGAGCUUGGUGCAGCCCUGCAUGUGGAUGCCAGCACAACCCUCGCUGGCAAGGAACAGUGGGCAAAGGCAAAGCCAUCCCAUCUGGAAUCUCAGGGGAAAGAGGGCUAUCAGCAAGUACUCAUGCUGCCCCUCCUUGGGCAGGAUGCCAUUCCACCAGAGAGCAGCAGUGAGGCAGAGAGAGAUAUAGGUGAGGGGGAGCAGAGCUGUCCCACAGCUGGUAGUACCCCAGGAGAUGACUGUGUGCAAGGAGACACUGCCAUAGGCUCAACUGAGCUCACUGCUUCGGGAGAUGGGGCAGAGAGCUGCACUGUACACUUGGAGGCACUGAAUGUCCCAUCUGAGCCCCUCCUGGAGCAUUUGACUGAAGAAACCUGUGCAACACAGCCAGAGAGUGUGGAAAUGCUUUCCUGCAAGGAGCCUACCACAGCCUGUGAGAUGCUGGGCUCCCGGGAUGACCUUGGCUUGGAGGACAAUGACAAUACACUUGAAGGCAUCCCAGAUUUUGAAGAAGAGGAGGCAGAUGUACAAGAAGAUGAGGCACUGGGGCUGGAGGGUAGCACAGAGGCAGGAGACAGCCAGGGAAAAGAUGCCCUAACACAGGCCACAGGCGAACUGGAGGGGCCAUGCUCAGACCACCACAAGCUGGUGACAGAUACCGAGAUGAGAGAGACCAGCCAAGCUGAGCUACCAGGAGCCUGGCUCUGCAUGCUGAAGACAGCAGAGCAAAGCCAUCCCCCUGUCCCAGGGGACAUGGUCACCUCUAUUGAUGAUGUUGGCUCUGAGUUGGCGCUGAAGGCUCUGCGGAAGCAGGACAAGGAGCAGGCGGAGACACUGGUGCUGGAGGGCAGGGUGCAGAUGCUGGUGGUGCAGUCGGAGAGUCAAAUCUUUAAGUGUGAGAAGUGCUCGUACAUCACACGGAAGGAGAAGUCCAUGUCCCUGCACUUUAAAGCCAGCUGCCAGAGCCGCCGGGCCCCACUCGUGUGCUGCGAAUGUGGCGCCAGCUUUAAGCAGCAAAGGGGGCUCGACACCCACCUCCUCAAGAAGUGCCCAGUUCUCCUGAAGAACAGCAAGUUCCUCAAACCAUCUGGGCAGGAGCCACCUGGACUCUGCCAAUCUGCUGACCAGCCUGGUGAUAAUGAUACAGAAAUGGCAGAGAGCAAGAAGCGAGGCUCAGAGGAGUCUGAGCAUGCCAAGAGCCCUUGGGAAGCUCAGCUGCUUCCUGAUAAAACACAGGCAACAGGCAGUCCUUUGGCUGGGGAAUGUGCAUCGGGCUGUCCUGCCCCUGAGAGAUCUCUGCCGGGUGACAGCACAGAGGUGGCAGAAGAGACUCCCCAGCAAGGGGAUGGGGCUGACCAAGAUGGAGCUGCUUGUCCCCUCCAGCCUGGGAAACCCUUGGAGAAAUACAGGCUGGAGGGAGGGAAGCUGCACUGCAAUGCCUGCUCCUUUGUGUGCUCCCGUGUCUCCACCAUCACCUCCCAUGUGGAAGAUGGGUGCCGAAGCCUAGAGCAAUUCUGGUGCUCCCUGUGCCCUGAGGCUUUCCGCUCCCAGCGGGCCCUCAAGAGUCACUGUACUGAGAAGCACAUUGUGCAUCCUGAGGAGGAUGGAUCCCAAAGCACUGAGCUUCCUGAGAGGGACCUGGCCAGCGUUGAGACAGGCCAGCCCAGUGAGCUCCUGCUGGGUGCAGCCCCUCUGAAAGCCACCCUGCCUAAGAGGAGACGUUUCUCUUGCCCCAGCUGCCCCUUCACGUGCCACCAGGAACGGGCCAUGAAGACGCACAAGAAGAGGGGCUGUGUAUCCCUGGGUGAGUUCCGCUGUGCCUCCUGCCCCUUCACCUCCAAGGUGGCCAAAGCCCUGCGGCUGCACCGCAAGCUGCACCGCAAGCAUUACAGCAAGCGGCCGCAGCUGCAGUGCCGCCAGUGCGAGUUCACCUGCAAGCAAGCCCGCUGCCUGCGACAGCACAUCCGCAUCAAGCACGAGGGGGUGAAACCGCACAAGUGCCACUACUGCGAGUUCAGCACCACCCGGCGCUACCGCCUGGAGGCCCACCAGUCCCUGCACACCGGCGUGGGGCGCAUCGCUUGCAGCAUCUGCAGCCAGACCUUCGGCACCAACUCCAAGCUGCGCAUCCACCGUCUGCGGGUGCAUGAGAAGACACCCACUCACUUCUGCCCGCUCUGCGACUACAGCAGCUACCUGCAGAACGACAUCACCCGCCAUGUCAACAGCUGCCACCGUGGCGAGCUCAACUUCGGCUGCUCCCGCUGUGAGGCUCGCUUCAGCUCCGAGACAGCUCUCAAGCAGCACGUCCUGCGGCGGCACGAGGAGAAGGUGUCCCACGGCUGCCCCCGCUGCGGCUUCAUGUGCCACAGUGAGGCCACGCUCAAAUGCCACAUACAGAAGCAGCACCCGCACCUGGAGUGCAGCACUUGCAAGGAGACCUUUGCCACGCGGGAGGCGCUGGAGGAGCACAAGACGCAGCAUUUCAGCCACCGCUGUGAGCUGUGCAGCUUUGCAGCCAAGGAGCGGCAGCAGCUGGUGCGGCACUACAUGGAGAGCCACGAGCCGGCCACCCCCCAGGACAAACCCCUGCACUGCCCCUUCUGCGACUUCACCUGCCGCCACCAGCUCGUCUUUGACCAGCACAUGAAGGGCCACGGGGGCACCCGUGUGUACAAGUGCUCAGACUGCGAGUACACCACCAAGAACAGGCAGAAGAUCACGUGGCACAUCCGCAUCCACACCGGCGAGAAGCCCUACAAGUGCCACCUCUGUAAAUAUGCCUGCGCUGACCCCUCGCGUCUCAAGUACCAUAUGCGGAUCCACAAGGAGGAGCGGAAGUACCUCUGCCCUGACUGUGGCUACAAGUGCAAGUGGGUGAACCAGCUCAAGUACCACAUGACAAAACACACGGGCCUAAAGCCGUACCGCUGUGACGAGUGUGAGUACUGCACCAACCGUGCAGACGCCCUGCGGGUGCAUAAGGAGACACGGCACCAGGAGGCUCGCUCCUUCAUCUGUGAGCAGUGUGGCAAGGCCUUCAAGACCCGCUUCCUCCUCAAGACCCACCUGAAGAAGCACAGUGAGGAGAAGCCGUACGUCUGCAAUGUUUGUGGGCGAGCUUUCCGCUGGGCAGCUGGCCUGCGCCACCAUUACCUGACCCACACCAACGAGCACCCCUUCUUCUGCCGCUAUUGCCCCUAUAAGGCCAAGCAGAAGUUCCAGGUCAUCAAACACAUCCAGCGGCAUCACCCUGAGCGCGGGGCUGGCGAUCCCAGCCAGGGGGUGGGCAAGGACCCCAGCACACCCACCAUCCACCUCCAUGCUGUGCAGAAGGAGAGACGGGCCGAGGGGCCCCACUGCAUGGAGCAGGAAAGAGGGUGCCCCACAGAGAAGGGUGGUACUUUGCAGUGAGGCCAAAUCCUGACUGCUUUAAGGUGCUGGUGGCACAGGCCUGCUGCAGAGAUGUAUGUGUGUGUAUAGGCAUAUAUGUAUAUGGGUUGUAAAAUAUGCAGCUGUAUAAAAGGAAUCUCUCAGCUCCUUUUAA